CUUGGUGUGCCUGCGUUCUCUCUCUGGGAUAUAACUCUCAACUUUGUUGGUUAAUUACUAAAACAGCCACAAUGACUACUCUUACUGCAAAGGACAAGAGCACCGUCAAGGCCUUCUGGCAAAAGAUCUCUCCCAAUGCAGCGGCCAUUGGGGAAGAUGCACUUGGCAGGAUGCUGGUGGGGUACCCACAGACCAAGACCUACUUUGCCCACUGGAAGGACCUGAGCCCCGGCUCUGCCCCGGUGAAGAAGCACGGAGCUACAGUGAUGGGUGGAGUUGCAGAAGCUGUGGCUAAAAUUGACGAUCUGACAGCAGGUCUCCUCAGCCUCAGCGAGCUGCAUGCCUUUAAACUGAGAGUGGACCCAGCCAACUUCAAGAUUCUUGCCCACAACAUCCUUGUUGUCUUGGCCAUCACAUUCCCCGAUGACUUCACCCCUGAGGUUCAUGUGGCUAUGGACAAGUUCCUGGCUUCCCUGGCUCUGGCUCUGUCCGAGAAGUACAGAUGAACACCUGGAGAGGAGACGAAGACACAUUAAUUUACUAUGUGUGAUCAAUAAACGCAUGGAUGGAAAACCCUAAAAAAGUU